UGUCGCUCUUUUUUAAAAUCCUACUGUUACGCCAGUGCUGCUGCCAGUAGUUGAUGGAGAGAAAACAGUAAAAUAUAAUAACAAUAGCAAAAUUAAAAAUGGCUGCUAAAUUUUACAUGAAUCACAAGUUUUCAAGUUUUUAUUAAUUACAAUUAAACCAAAAAAAGUCGGACAGUGAUUAAUAAACGGAUUCUUUUACUCAACGAACGAACGAUACUAAAAAAAAAACUUACGUCCGUGAGCUGUUUUAUCCAGAAGUUAUCGUGAUCACAAAUCAGUUGAAUGAUCCAUCAAGAGAUGAUUGCAAGUGAGUUACCCGAAAAAAUCGAGCGCCAAAAAGCACCCCAGCGCCAUCGCACUUAAAGUGUGCAACAAUGGUAAUAUUUUUUGGUUAAAAUAACAUACAUUUUUUUUCCACAUUAUUCUAGAACUUUAAAUCAACAAUUGAUAUAUCAGAAUCCAUAUUUAAGUACUUAGAGCUUAAGUUCUUGAACAAAAAUCGAAAUCUAAGCCGAUAGAAUUUAUUUUCAAACUUCCACCCUUAGAAAAGACUCUUAUUACCUGAAAAAAAAAUAUAUAUUAAUUAAUAUAAACAAAGUUAAGACCACGUGUUCGUUUAAUUGAACAAUCAGUGAAUUUGAAUGAAUUAAAAUGCCUCUGCGUAAAAAAGGCUGCUCGAUCACGUCUAAAAGCGUCCAUGAGUGGUCAAUAAACAACAUAAGUUCAUAUUUAUUUAAUGAAAAGUGUGUAAACAGGUGUAGCAAAUCACUGGUGUUUUCUUCUCAGUCCGGGAUCGACGACCAGUGGACCAUGAAGUUGGAAUUUAGUGGUCAAGAUUCCUGGAUAACAAUCGAGUGCAAUUCUGUGGACGCCGAAGACAGUAUCAGAGCAACACACUCGAUUUUUAUGAUCGACCACCAAGAGAAGUUGGUAUUCAUUGGGCAAACUAGCGGAGAAUAUGACAGCGAGUCUUGCGAGCACAUCGUCUACUUUUUGGACAAAGAUAUUUUUGCCGAAAUCCAGAAGAAUAAAAUACUGUUCAAAGAUACCCUGGUGCUGUGCGUCGAGCUGCAGGUUUAUUUCGACGACACUCCUUUUCCUGCGGAUUAUCCCAUUGAAAUAAUUUCAAAGGACACGUUGCCUAGUUAUUGCCGGACGUUGUACUCCAGCCGAGCGGUUAAUAGCGACGCUUUUGUGAUAAUUAAUAGCCAAGGAUACCCAGCCCACAGCCAUGUUUUGAAGCAACGGUGCCCCGAAAUGUACGCGAAGCUACGCCCGAUGCCAGAAAGCAAGAAGUCAUGUAUGCAUAUUUAUGAUUUGAGUCCUGAGAUAUUACAAAAAUUGCUGCAAUUUAUUUACACUGGCGAGGUCACUGGAAUGGAUGACUACGCGGUGGCUCUGUUGAAAGCUGCUGAAAAAUAUAAACUGGAAACUCUGAAGCGAAUGUGCGAAAAAUGUAUCUGCGAUCGCUAUUUGACGAUCAAGAACUCGCAAGAAAUUAUGGACUUGGCUACUCGUUGUAAUGCUCAAAAUUUGAUCAAAUAUAUAUGUCUGUUUCAAAUAGCCAAUAAUGUGGCUGACUAGCUUGUAAGUUUGUUUAAUAAAAUUUAUUAUAACCAA